CGUCGACUCUCGCUUCUCGUCGCAGAACUUUUUUUUAACCCUCUCUCCAUCUUUCUCCGCCUGCGCGCUCUCUUUUCCUUUUGUCCCCCCUUCCUCUCCGUUUCUUAUAAUUUUUCGUGUCGCCUGCCGCCUGCCGCUGCAGUGCGGGCUUCCAUCCACGUCCAAGUUUCCUCCCGCGCGGUACUCAUCUUCACCGACGGCCACCUACCACCUGCGACUUGCGAGGAUCCGAGCUCGGCUCUGGGUUGAUCUGUAAGUCGUCUCACGUCCUCUCAACUCGCCUGCCUUUCCCGUCGCCAUCCCGGGGCAAUUCGACCGAUUGCACAGAAGCCAUCAUUGGCUCGAGUUGGCCGAACCGAUCCCUCGAGAAAAAUGAACACUCUCCCCACCCACAUCCUCGCACCAAACCAACGUACCAGAAUUUCCCCCCUCCCAAACCAAAGAACCGGACCACACACAUACACCACAUGUCCAACCCCUCUCCCCUCCAAACUGCACGUUUUCUUCUCUCGAUCCUUAGCCAGUCGCAUCCAGCCUAAUCAUUGUCUUUUUAUUGCAACUCCUAACCGACUCAUCUCUUCAAUAGCUAGUCAUUACCUUGCGAGUAUAUCCUGUCGCCGCGGUCGACCACACAAUCUCGACCGGAGGAUUGCCUGAGACUCUGCUUCAAAAGAGGGGCCGGGUACAAAUUGAGAAAUAUGUCGUUUCCGUAUGAACCCCAGGGAUGGCAGGCGCCGGUUCGGCAGCCUUCGUGGGAGCAGCCGCCUCCACCGUCAAGAUCAGGUGCCAGUUCCACCUCUCAGCGCGAAGACGGCAAUGCUUUUGCCAUCCAAUUCGAAGAGGUGGAUCGAGCGAUGGACAAUCUUGUCAAAAGUGGCAAAUUCUAUGGUGGAGGUGGGCAACGAUCAAUGCCAUCAGGUCCAAUGCGCCCGGGAGCAGAGUACGGUCCCCGAGUGCACGGAGGCCGCCAUCCCGUUGGCGACUUUGACCCUUCGCGACCGCACCCCGGCUCGAAUCUUCAGAAUUUUUAUGCCGCGCAAAGGCACCAAGGCCGUCACGGGGACGCCGAUCAAAUGAUGCAAGCCAAAAGGAGGAUGGCAGCUCAGCGAGAGCGCGAGCUCCGUAAUUAUCAUCAAGAGCAGCAAUAUAACCGGAGUCUACUGGCUGAAAUGUCGUCUAACAAAUCCGAUCGUUCAAUGAGCCCGAGCACCUUGAGUGAGGAAGGACGCCGGGAGCUAAUCGCUCGUCAGCAUCGCGCGUUAUAUGGCGGUGAUCCCGCGGCCUUUGUGGGACAGGUGCCCUUUUCCACCGAGGACGCCAGCAGCCGAGAUCAGGCUGUGGCGGUGUCUGGUAAUGCACCUGGGGCCCCUCGCGGUCCUUCACCCCGCACCUCUGACCCUUUUGGCGGGCCAGGACAGGCGUCGCAGGGUGAAUCCGGCCCUCAGGGGGUUUCUUCGGGUCAGGAGGCCUCUCGUGCUGAAAAGGCAACUUCUCCAUCUGCGCAAACAUCUGCGGGUUUUGGUACGUUCGAUGCUCCCAUUCAAGCUUCCGGGAAGGCGCCCACACCACCGACUGGAGAAGAGCCAUCGCACUCACGGCAGAUUUCCAAAUCAACCACUGCGCCCGUCAGUGGCGGCAUGGGGCCGAUUGGCAGCCGUCCCAAUGUGCAACAGGCACCAAACCAGUCCAUCAACAAGCGCACGACGUCCCCUCUGCCUUCUUCUUUGGGUUACGGGUUCGGAUCUAACGAACAAAAUGCUGAUCGAGCAGGGUCGGCCAACUCGAACUCGAAUGCGCAGAAAGAGUCAUCGAAUUCCGGCAUGGGUGCUUGGGGCACGGGGAGCGGAGUUUGGGGAUCCAACAAAAUCGGUACAACCUCAGUAUGGGGUUAAUGAGUUAUGAAGACACGACCUGGACAUGACAUGUUUUGUAUGCGCGGAGUUGUGUUGCCUUUUGAAGCAUAUCUUCGGUGUACAGGGCAUCGCAUAGGUGGGAGUGCUCGUGGUUCGUUAUGCAUGUCGGGGUCUUGAGGAUGCUUCCACAUAGCGUGUUAAGGGGAAGGGGAUCAUUUUGCAGCGAUCUUUCAAUCGUUUAGCGUAUGGUCAUUGGGCCUCACCGAUGGGUGUGAGGUGACGGGAGGAGUGGAGAUCUGGGCAACAUCUCGAUUAUCAAAAGGUGGAAGAAGGAAGGAAUCUCAUGGAUCUUUGGGUUGGUCUUCGGAGUCAUGACAAUGGCAUCGAAGGACGGGUGGCAAUGGAGACCAAGGAUGGCCUCUUUGGUUCCGGGCCGUGGGAGGGGUUGGCAGCACUUGUAAUGGAGCUGGAGCAGUGGUUCAGUGUGCUCUUCAGAUGGACAUGGCUGGUGUCGACAUUCCCCUCUUGAAAGCAUGGCGUUGUGGAAGGAGGUGGUUGGUGAGAACGGGAUAUCCUCUUUCCAAAGAGCAAGAACUGAGGGGGGGUUGUCUUUUCUUUGAUGUCUGGGCUCAGGAUCUUGGAGGGUUUGCAUUUGGAGGUUGUUCUUCACCAUCGCGUAAUUUUUGCUGCUCGUUUGGAUGCUUGCUGUCUUGGUUUGGUCUGGCUUUGGGCUGUGGAAAAGGUCAAAAUUGCGCAUUCUCUACACUGGAAAAGGCGGACCGGGUUGCACAAGGAGUCACAUGGGAGAAGGGGAACGAGCCCGGCAAGUCCAGUGUUGAUGGGAUCAUACAGGGAGUGGUACUGGCGGAUGAAUAUGGCUACAGAGACUGGAGGCCGUCGAAUAUCAUGAGCCCUUUUUCUUCUGCUCAACUGCUCUGUCCGCUUGUUUGUCUUGUAAGAGAACUCAGUUGUACACUCGUUUCGCGUGUCAUAGCUCGAACAUGGUUUUGGUUCACCCUG